UUUGCUAAAGCCUGGGACUGAAUUGGGCACCUUGAGAUGUAUACCUUCCCAUGAGAAGGGCAUGGCAACCUACUCCAGUAUUCUUUCCUGGAGAAUCUCAGGGCAGAGGAGCCUGGUGGGCUACAGUCCACAGGGUCACAAAAAGAUGGACAUGACUAAAGCGAUUUAGCAUGCGCAAACUGCUGGUUGAGCUGUUUACGCAGCCUGCCUGUGCCUGCCUCUGCUCUGGGCAUGAGGACUGGAGGCAGCUGCACACACAGCGUGGAAUGGGCAUACACGGAGCCAAGGGUACAGGAUGUGAAAGAUCUGAAAUGUCCCUCCUAGCUCCCAAAAGGGCAGGCGAGACCCCGCCUCUGGACAGAGGCUUUUGAGUGCUAGGUGGGUGACAGAAGCACAGGAGUUCAGAAUCUAAAAGAGUGACAGCCAUUAAACAGGUCACUUCCCUAGUGAAGAUUUAAUUUUUAGGUAAUGGAGCUAAGUGAUCUGAGAGAAAAGUAUAGAGAGCAACAAGGUGGCGAGUCUUGUGGGUCAGGAAAGGCUUCCCAGAGGAGGUGCUGCCAAUGCAGAGAUCAGAUGGAAUGAAUGAGAAGGGUGACUGUAAAGACUCGUUUGAGCCUAAGAGCUGUGUGCAACUGAUACAGGGUUUAACCGGGGAGAGUGUGAUCAGAUUUCCAACCUAGAAAAGAGCCCUCUGUAACAUGGAGUGUAGUCUGGGGUGGAAGGUGAAGGGCAGGAAUUGGGAAACCAGGGAGGCCAGUGCUGUGCCCAGCGGGGAGAGGAUGCUAGCUGAGACAAGCAGUAAUCCAGAGAAAGAAGUGGCUAGAUAAAGGGUCCUAGAUAAAGGGUGAAAUAAGGUUUGGCCAUGGGCAGAGCCCAGCAUGUCUACAGGCCACCUGAGGGACAACCAUGAUGCCUUCCCAUGAGGGAAGACGGCAUCUGAAACAUGGAAGACAGAUCAGCAUCACCCUGGCCGAGAGGACUGAGCCUCAGUGUUUGGGUUUUGGGAAGAAGGCAAAGGCAGCAAACAAGAGGCAGGAGUUGGUAGAAGGACAAAAGGCAGCCAUGACUGAUGCUGUUGAAGACGGGUAAUAAAUAAGAACAGAACUGGUCAAUGUGAUAGCCUUAGGGCACUGAGACUUGAAGUUAGAGAUGGGGUCAGGGUAGGCAGAGCCCGGGGCUCAGGCUGGACAAUGGCCAAAGAGGAGGAAUUUGUCCCUCUGUUCAGACACAGGACCCAGGAGCAGCUUGGAGUGCCAGGCAAGGGACAUCUCCCCUCUUCCUAAGCUGCGAAAGACCAGAGCUGAAGGUGAAAGUGAAAGAGAAGAUGCAGAAAAGGACCAGCAUGCUCUAAGGAAAGGUGAAAGCGAAAGGGGGAAACUCAGUAGUGCAGCCCGGCAGAGGACAAGCCUUCCGCCUUCUUUCUUUCCUGCUGAUCCCACUCCUCUGACUCCCUGCCCAUCUGGAGAUGCAGAAGACAGUGCUAGAGCCCCAAAGGGGCUUCUCCUUCGAGAACUGUGAGAAAAAUGCAGCCUUGCAACGCGCCCUCCCGGGGCUCCGGGUCCCUCACGCACGCAAGACCGGGACCACCAUUGCAGGCCUUGUGUUCCAAGACGGGGUCAUGUUGGGCGCGGAUACACGGGCCACUAACGAUUCGGUCGUCGCGGACAAGAUCUGCGAAAAGAUCCACUUCAUCGCCCCCAAAAUCUACUGCUGUGGGGCUGGAGUAGCCGCGGACGCCGAGAUGACCACGCGGAUGGCGGCGUCCAACAUGGAGCUACACGCACUGUCCACGGGCCGCGAGUCCCGCGUGGCCACCGUCACCCGCAUGCUGCGCCAGACGCUCUUCCGGUACCAAGGCUACGUGGGAGCGUCGCUGAUCGUGGGCGGCGUGGACUUCACAGGACCGCAGCUCUACAGCGUGCACCCCCACGGUUCCUACAGCCGGCUGCCCUUCACGGCCCUGGGAUCCGGCCAGGAUGCGGCCAUAGCAGUGCUGGAGGACCGGUUCCAGCCGAACAUGACGCUGGAGGCAGCGCAGGAGCUGCUGGUGGAAGCCAUCACUGCAGGGAUCCUGGGUGACCUGGGCUCCGGGGGCAAUGUGGAUGCAUGUGUGAUCACCGCGGCUGGCGCCAAGAUGCUGCGAGCCCUGAGCUCUCCCACAAAGCCGAUAGAGAGGUCCAGCCAGUACCACUUUGCCCCUGGGACCACACCUGUCCUGUCCCAGACAGUGGUGCCGCUGACUCUGGAGCUGGUGGAGGAAACUGUGCAGGCCAUGGAUGUGGAGUGAAGUAGGCUGAGGCUUAGAGCUUGGAACAAAGAGGAAUAAACCCAGAAAACACAAACACCUA